AGAGCUGGGUAUGAGAAGCUAAUAGAGGGAAACAAACAAGUUGCAGUAAAUUGCAAAAGAAAAAAAACGGUCAAGGUUUUGCUUGAACCCAUCUUUCUUAUGAGUCUUUACCGCCUCUUACAAUUUAUCAGCUGUUUUAGCAAAGGCUCAAGGUUUACCGGGCCAUAGAAAUCUCUGGAAACGUGAUAUCGGCCAUCCGGACACAUAACAACAACACUAACAUAAACAAGUUAUUACAAACUCCCCGCAAUGGGUACUCAGCGCUCACGGGCGCCCUCUGCCGGAAAUGACGCAGCACUUUUAUUUAGAAAUGAAACUAAGCUGAACUAUAGAAACGCUGCAGAAAAGUUUAGUAGUUGCUCAGUAAUGUUCUCCCCGGAACGGUUACAGCGCUCAGUCAGCUGGCUCUGGGUUUGGGCUGUGCGCCCUGUGUGCGGUGUUCUGUUUGGCUUCAUAGGGAAUAUCUGGCAUGGAAAUCCUCAGGCGCUCCCCAGUGAGGACUAUAAGGAGACAUCUGGGGCUCCCACUGAACACGACAUAAAGGGGAAUGCAGACACGAUUGACUUCUUUAUUGAUGAUACACUGAAAGAAUCUCUGGAGAAAGUAUCCAAAGCCAUUUACACGGUGUGCAUUUCAGUAUGGCAUAGUCCACCUGAGACAGUGAGGAAUCAACCUCUCUAUAAAGAAAUAAGCUCUGGGUUACAGGAUACGUACAUGAAUAUAAAAAGCAAAGCACGGUGUAUGGAAGAUUAUGAAAUAAUUAUAAGCAUCGCUAAUGGUUUGAUUGAUCAUUUAAAGAAAUUCAGAGAAAAGAAACGGACAUACAAAUAUAAUUCGCGUGAAGAGGAAGUUAAUUUCCUUAGAGAACAUUCAGAAUAUCUUCUGUUAUAUUGGUUACCAGAAUCCCUGAAGAGAUCCAGGUUCACUUUUGUGUUCUUAACUCAAAUUCUGUCAGUAAAUGUCUUAGAACCAGCCAUCAAGAACUUGGCAGACUUCAGUUGCAUCAAUGAAUUCAUUGUGAAGUCUUUGGACAGUGAGGGAACUUCUGACUGGCAACAAGGUUUCCUCCCAUGUGGCGAGCUGAUUGGGGAGGCCAGCUGCAUAGAGAAUGAUGUCUCUAUUAUCAGCAUGGAGAGUGAUCAUAUCCAAUCCAGGGAGAAAAAAAAGAAAGGAUUAAUGAAAAAAAUUAAAAGAAUCCUAAAGCGCCAUAAAGGUAGAAGUCAAAUACCUGCGGAUGAGUCAGGAUUCCGAUCACACGCUGAGGGGGAUGAGCCUACAACAGAUUAUGUGGAUGGAAUUACAGACAUGGACUCUAAUGACAGUGGUGAUGAUGAUGAUGAUGGUGAUGAUGAUGAUGAUGAUCUUACCACAUCAAUAGUUGACACUUUACUUCAAAAAUGUAAAAAUGAAAAUUGGACUGCUACUGUCUUAAAGUGUCAGGCACAAGAGGAGUAUGCAUACCAGAUCCGUGUGAGUAAAGAGAAUGGCCUGGAUGAGGAGCUCUGGCUUACUGAACGAUGCGAACGAGACUUUAGAGUGAUCUAUAACAGAAUAUGCAUGAAAUAUAAAGAUUUCAAGAUAUUUAAAAAGUUAAAGACUACUGAAGAACAAGAACCUGGAUUUGACACUCAGUUCUUCCAAAAAAUUGAUGCAACACCAAAGGAAUUUAUAGAAACACUGUUGGACCUCAUCAAAACUCACCUGGAGUCAGAAGCUGCUUUCUUUUUGUCACCUUUUAAAUAUGAUGAGGAGACAGACAGAAAAAUGUUUUAUAGAAAAUUUUCAGAAAAUGACGAGGAUCUUUUGACUGGCGCAGAAGAUGGACCCAUUGCAGUCACUUGUGACACAGGAAGUGAUUCUGAUGGCUGCUAUGAAAGAGAUGGCUUCAGGGACUGUAUAUCACUAAAGGCAAAGAAAAAAGGCAAAUUAAGAAAAGCUUCUGGCAGUCAACUUAAAGAAGAAUCCGGAACUAUAGCUGAAAGAAAUGAGGCCUUUCUAAGUGAAAAUGCAGAGUGCGUGGCAGAAUCUCCCCCCACCAAGCCUCGGAAAGGUUUAGAUGUCACUGGCUACAACUUUAAACAGAUGCAAAAUCAUGGUCACAGAAAACCAGUAGAGGAACAGAGAAAGAUCCUGCAAGACACUCUCCUUGGUGUGAUUUAUCAUUUAGCUGAUGAGUUAUUUACAGGUGGUACAUACAGAGUUCGAUUCCUGCACAAGAUUGGCGUCCUGAAUAAAACAAGUAAGGAUUUACUAAAGUUCAUACCAAACCUAUACGCAGAGGAGCAGAUUGAGGAGUACCUAAGUAAAAUCAGUGAAUUGCUGCUUACUGAGUAUUGUCCACUACCGCUGACACCUUCUGAACUUCAGGCCAAAGCCCUGGAGCUCUUAACAAGAAAACUGAAGAGUUCCCUGCCUCAUAAUUGCGUCAGCUCCUUAUUUGAGAGAAAUAUUUUAAAGAGUUUAAAAGCAUCUCAUAAUUCCUUUCAAGAUUCAAAGGCAAACAAAGAGACUCUAGUGGGGCUGCUGGGAGAUCUUACCAAGAUCAUCACUGAUGAAAAGCGAGAACCUGGGAGCAGAUGAUACACUAUGUGCUACAAUGAGUAGAGGGAUAGUACUAUAGCCCCUAUAGAAUAAAUGUUUACAAGGGAAUAACUUUGUGUCAUACAGUUGAUAGAUCAAUGUUUACUUGAAUUAAUGUGUUAAUUCUCUGAGCCGAGCCUGUUCAAUAUUUCCUAGAAGUGGAUGUCAUGUCAGAAACACAUGCUCGUCAUAUGGCUUGUUAGGGAUAAAGCCCCAUAAAUUAGUGGCUAUUUUCUGGUAAAUGUCAAGCCUCACGGUUAAGUCUGAAAUAGCUGCAUUUGGCAUUUGUGUGAAACAUUUGAUCAUUAGACAGUGUCUUUAAUCUUUCAGCCAGUUUGUACUAUUUACAUACGUUUUCCCUGGACCUAGCGCCCAUACUUUAUGUGUAAGAUUGUUAUAUGGAACACUGUUGAAUGCUUUCAUAAAACUGAAAUAUAUCACAACAAUUGCGCUAUCUCAUAAAAACCACUUAUAUUUGUUGGGAAUGACUGCUUUUCCAUAAAACCAGUCAUUCCCACUUCCAUAAAACCAGUCAUUAACACCGUCACUGUGUUAGUUAUUUUUCACAAUAUAUUUUAGAACUGCAUCUCUUCGAAUCAUUUUGAAUAAUGAACAACAACAGAAAUCGGGGUCUAUGGUCUUGGAACAUCCUGGUUCUGUUAUGUUCCCAAUCUUGGGGCGGAUUCAGGGUUGGGAGCAAAAGCAUGGUGCAAAUUAAAAUACACAGAGAUUUAGAGUUGGGAGGGACAUGUCCUAACUGAACUCUGAUUGGCAGUGUAAGACUAAAGCUGUCCUGUAUUUGUGGGCUACAUGCAAAAGCAGCCAGUAUUUACCCUGCAUGUAAAAAAAUAAAAGUAGGAACUUUAUAUGUUGCAAUGCAAGGGGGGUUGUUCUUUGAUGCCAACUCUGAAUCAACCCCCUUGUGUCUCUGAUCAACUUACGAGAGUUUGUACACAUAAGAAACAUUGGGGGUCAUUCCGAGUUGAUCGCACGCUGCCGAUUUUCGUUGGGCUGCGAUCAGGUCUCUACUGCGCAUGCGUAUGCACCAUAAUGCGCAUCGUACAGGUACAAUGCGGAUCGUUGCUGAGCUAUGGAUUUAACGAAGAAUUUAUACGCACAGCUGAUCACAAGAAGAUUGACAGAAAGAGGAUGUUUAUGGGUGCCAAUUGACCGUUUUCUGGGAGUGGUAGGAAAAACGCAGGCGUGUUUGGAGGGCGGGUGUGUGACGUCAAUUCCGGCACCAAAAAGACUGAAGUGAUCGCAAGGUCUGAGUAAGUUCAGACCUACUCUGAAACUGCACAAAAUGUUUUUGCAGAGCUCGGCUGCACAGGCGUUAGCACACUUGCAAAGCGAAAAUACACUCCCCUGUGGGCGGUGACUAUGCAUUUGCACGGCUGCUAAAAACGGGUAGCGUGCGAUCAACUCGGAAUGAGGGCCAUUGUUCUCUCAAUCAGGGCCACAUGCAUCUGUAUUACUCUUCUUUAAGCACAUUGCCUUGAUUAGAUAAUUAUCAUUUCAUCGUAUACGUAGAUUAUUAAUACACAACAUAUUCUUCUUUUGUUACUACAGAUGGGAAAAAUAUCUAAGUGAAGUUUUAUCUUUCACAAUUAUUUUUACAAAUUUAUCAUUUAACUAGCUGUUCUACCUGUUCUUCGCACGGGAGUUGAUGAUUUUCACGGUUGUAAAUAUAAAUGAGUGUUACAAAUGUGAUAAAUCUAUAGAGAUGUAAAUUUGAGAAAUCUUAAUAUAAGUAUUAAUCCAUGGUUCUUGGCGUUACUCGAGGAGCACCCUUUGCAGAUACUGUAAAUAGUGACAUGGACCAUUUUAGUAGUUUAUUAAAUUCUAAGUUCGCACUAUAUCGUUCAAUGAUAUAGUCGUUCACCGCUGGCAAUUCCCCGUUGCGUAGUGUGUACUCGCUUUUAGUCUUUAUGUUCCUUGCUAGACGUUCAUCAUCUGCUGAUCCACUCUGUGAGUCCCUCCAUUGAUUACCUGUAUUCGAUAUAAAAAACUUUUACUCACACACAACCAAACUACACCUAUGUACAUCUCUUUGCUUAUCUCAAAAUAUCACCCAACUCGACCUCUCCGCUCUGCAUAAGAUCUGUGUCUCUUAUACACAUGCAUUACUCACUCACAUACACGACUGCAGGACUUUCUUCAAGCUACCCGCACUCUGUGGAAUGCCCUCCCUCGCACAAUAAACUCUAGUCUCCAAACCUUCAAGCGUUCCCUGAAAACUCACCUCUUCAGGGCAAGCUUAUCAAAUUCCAGAACAGCCCACAUGACCUUCAUAAACUUUCCUAUCCAAUUACAUAUCCACUGUACAGUCCACACAUGUCCUCACAUUUUUUCUUUUUCGUCACUUUCCCAUCCUCCUGACCCCUGGCCAAUAGUGCUGUUUUACCAUAUCAUACAGCCCACCAAGAACCUUUGCAAUCUGGUAGACCAUUAUGCAAUAGGUAACACCUAUCUUUGCUUAUCAAUGCCCAUUUUCCUAUAGAUUGUAAGCAGGGCCCUCUUACCUCUAUGACUGACUGUUAUUACCCAGUUUUGUAUUGUCACUGUUGUCUCCAAUUGUAAAGCGCAACGGAAUUUGCUGCGCUAUAUAAAAAACUAUUAAUAAACAAAUAUUAAUAAAUAACAUUUAUGUACCAUCAAUAUAUUACAAAGCAAAGCACUAUUUUACAGAGAAUGUGUAAUCAUUAAAUAUAUUUUCUUAUCUAAA